AUGGCUUCAAACAACUUUAUCUACAUCACCCCAGAAGACAUGGAGGAGGCUGUCGCGUUAAUGGAAUUACACCAGGUACACCUAGAGACUUUUGCUAUGCAGAAUAUCUCUGUGGACGAUUUUGCUUUGGAGAAUAUCGACAUGGAGAGUAUCGCCAUGGACAAUAUCUCUUUGGAGAAUAUCGCCAUGGACAAUAUUCCUUUAGAGGAUAUCUCUGAGGAGAAUGUCGCUGUGGCGAAUAUCCCUUUGGCGGAUAUCUCUGAGGAAAAUUUCGCUGUGGCGAAUAUCCCUUUGGCGGAUAUCGCUGAGGAGAAUGUCGCUGUGGCGAAUAUCCCUUUGGAGGAUAUCUCUGAGGAGAAUGUCGCUGUGGCGAAUAUCCCUUUGGCGGAUAUCGCUGAGGAGAAUGUCGCUGUGGCGAAUAUCCCUUUGGCGGAUAUCGCUGAGGAGAAUGUCGCUGUGGAGAAUAUUCCCGCGGAGCCCGCAGCGAUGGAAACCGUUGAGUACCGGGAUAUCAGCGGCAGUUGGGUCCACGGUGGCCACCACAGUUCACCUCUGAUUGCGCUGCAGCCGAACGAAGGGAACCACGACCAAGAAAUGUUCAUGGUGCAGACCCGGGAGGAAGUCGUGGGCUAUUCCGAGUUCGACAACGAGCAGGCUAGCAACUUCCAGGAGCAGCAGGUGCCUGUCCCGGCGGAAGAAGAAGUCUACUUCCAGGAGACUCCGGCUUCCCUGUCAGAUGCCGCGGCAUCAUCGCUCAAGAAGCUCAAGAAACUCCGCAUCGGUCAGCAAAGCGCUGCCAGCCACGAUCAGCAAAGCACCACUAACCGCGGUAUGAAAAGCACCACCAGCGACGGUAAGCCAAGCAAGAAGCACAGCAGCCACGGCAAAAAGCUCAAAAAGCUCCGCAUCGGCCAGCAAAGCGCCGCCAGCCACGAUCAGCAAAGCACCACUAACCGCGAUAUGAAAAGCACCACCAGCACCGGCAAGCAAAGCGCCGGCAAGGGUAAGAAACGCACCGCCAAAAGCACGGCCGGGGCGGCGGGAGGCGGCGGCUCGGAGGGAGGCAACAGAAAGUGGGAGCAGAAGCAGGUGCAGGUCAAAACCCUAGAGGGUGAGUUCUCCGUCACCAUGUGGUCCCAAGUUGGUGAAAGAGAUCAGGAGAUUGAAGAACAGAGUCCGGUGAACUUACCGAACUUAGCUCCUGAUUAUUCAGAGUAUAUGACGGGAAAGAAACUUCCUCCUGGAGGACUACCUGGCAUUGACUUAUCAGAUCCCAAACAGCUGGCAGAAUUUAUUAAAGUUAAGCCUAAAAAGUGCGAUGAUGACAUUCCAAGGACAGUACCUUGCCUUCAUAAAGGCUGCGGAAAGAUGUUCCGGGAUUCCGCUUCUAUGAGAAAACAUCAGCACACCCACGGUCCUAAAGGCCACAUAUGUGCAGAAUGUGGCAAAGGUUUUAUUGAGAGCUCAAAACUAAAACGGCAUCAACUGGUGCAUUCUGGAGAGAAGCCCUAUCAGUGCACAUUUGAAGGGUGCGGAAAAUACUUUUCCCUGGAUUUCAAUCUGCGUACACAUGUGAGAAUCCAUACAGGAUGGCGGAAGGCCUAA